CUCCGCCCUUCGCCAGUUACCCAGCUUCCUGACCCGAAGCCGCCGCCUUCCGCCCACAUGGCUCCGCUACGCUUCUCGGCCAACGUUUCAUGGCUGUUCCCGGAGCUCCCCGGGCUGCCCGAGCGGCUGCAGGCCGCGGGCCGUGCGGGCUUCGAGGCGGCCGAGGUGGCCUGGCCCUACGCCGAGCCGCCCCAGGCGCUGGCAAGCGCUGCACGGGCCGCGGGGCUAAAGAUGGUGCUCAUCAACACGCCGCGGGGAGACCAAGAGAAGGGGGAGAUGGGGCUGGGGGCUGUCCCCGGGAGACAGGCGGCCUUCCGAGAGGGGCUGGAGCAGGCUGUGCUGUACGCCAAGGCUCUGGGCUGCCCCAGGAUCCACCUGAUGGCUGGCCGAGUACCCCCCGGGGCUGACCGAGCAGCAGUCAAGGCGGAGAUGGAGACAGUGUUUCUGGAGAACCUGAGGCACGCGGCUGGGGUUUUGGCUCAGGAGAACCUCGUGGGACUGCUGGAGCCCAUUAACACCCGAAUCACGGACCCCCAGUACUUCCUGGAUACACCCCAGCAGGCGGCAGCCAUCCUGCAGAAGGUUGGGAGACCCAAUCUUCAGUUACAAAUGGUGAGUGGAAGACAGGUGCUUCUCCAGGUCCUGUCUUCCGGUCUGGGGAGACUGCAGCAGACACCUGCGGGUUUGAUGUUCUCUCCCCAGGACCUGUUCCACUGGCAGAUCAUGGAUGGGAAUCUGACAGGAAAUAUCAGGAAGUUCCUGCCCAUUGUUGGGCAUGUGCAGGUGGCACAGGUCCCAGACCGAGGGGAGCCAGGCAGCUCAGGAGAGCUGGACUUUGCUUACCUGUUCCAGCUGCUAGAAGAUGAAGGUUACCAAGGAUUUGUGGGCUGCGAGUAUCGGCCUCAAGGAGACACGGUGGAGGGUCUGAGCUGGCUACGCUCAUACUGGGACAGACGGGGCCACCCACGGAGCAGCCAGUAGGAUUUGAUGGGCACCUGCAUGCUGCCCUGGGGCAGCAGGUGAGGGUCCUAAGGCUCCUCUGAAUUAAAGACGCACUGGGCA